AGUGAUCAGAAUACGCAGUAAAUUUAACCAGUGUAUUUUUCUUACUUUAUUCUGAGGUACGUUUGUUAAUUUUUAAUAACAGACCUAUAUCAGUAUCCAAUAACAUGAAUGGUUUAUAUUUGUAUUACCAUAAAUUGAAAAUUCUGUUUUUCUGAUCAGCUGAUUUUGAUUACGAAUUCUUGGGUUCAUUGUUCAUAUUAGAAAUAAUACCUUCUGUGAAUCCAAUUGAAUAUUUUACGCCCCUAUUUCAAUGGCAAGUCGUAAAAAGGUCCUACUCAAAGUCAUCAUACUUGGAGAUUCUAGUGUUGGAAAAACCUCAUUAAUGAACCAAUAUGUAAAUCGAAAAUUCUCAAAUCAAUAUAAGGCGACAAUAGGAGCGGAUUUUCUAACUAAAGAAGUCACUGUAGACGAUAGAAGUGUGACAAUGCAAAUUUGGGAUACUGCUGGUCAAGAACGUUUUCAGUCACUUGGUGUAGCUUUCUACAGAGGCGCUGAUUGUUGUGUAUUGGUCUUUGAUGUCACUGCACCCAAUACUUUCAAAUCACUGGAUAGCUGGAGGGAUGAAUUCUUAGUCCAAGCUUCCCCACGUGAACCUGAAAACUUUCCCUUCGUCCUGUUGGGUAACAAAGUAGACCUUGAACCACGUUCUAUAUCGUCUAAGAGGGCACAACAGUGGUGCCAAGCCAAAAACAAUAUUCCUUAUUUCGAAACAUCUGCCAAGGAAGCCCUCAAUGUGGAACAGGCCUUUCUGGCAAUUGCCAAAAAUGCUCUAGCUCAACAAAAUUCCACAGUUGAUUUGUACAAUGAAUUUCCUGAUCAAAUCAAGCUCACCAACACACAAAAACCUCCAAGUAGUGGUAGUUCUUGUUGUUAAGCUGAAGAAUAGCAGCAUAUUCUUUUAUAUUUGAGAGGGUGAUCUUGUUCAAUAUUCCUAGUAUAAUUUGGGGACAGAGGUAAUCUUGAAAAUUUUUUGGCCCAAUUUCAUCAGCCAGAAUCAUUUCAUUCAUUCAUAAUUUUAUUUUAUCUGUUUCAAUGAAUAAAGAAGCACAAAAUUGAGCUCUCGAAAAAUUCGUACUGCAAUUAUAAAUGCUAAUUUUAUUUACUAUAUUGUAAUCAUUUUCAUAAUAGAAUAGAUGAAGGAAUACUAUAUAUCUUGUUCUGUCCCCUAGUUAAUUUUCAACACACUUUACAGUUCUUUCAAUUUUUUUUUAUAAAUUUUAAAAAUUUUUUUCAAUGAAAAUGGGCUUGAAGAAUGUUGAUCACAAUUGUGAUAUUCAAAUUUAACUAAAAAUAUAUACAGGGUGUGUUACAAUUGAUAUAUACAUCACUUAGUGCAUCUGAAUUCUAUACUGAAUGAUUGCAAUUGAUGUGUGAUGUGUUGCUCUCUGGAAAUGUUCAUCUCCACUACAUCCUGUAUAUGAGGAACUUGAUUCUAUCUACCUUAAUCGUUACUUUAUAAUUUUAAUAUAUUUUUAUCUAUGUAAAUAGCAUUGAAAUUAUGAUUGCUUUGAAGUGAUUUUAAAUCAUUGGGUUUUGUAUAUUUCAAGAUGAAAUAUUGAUAUAUUUUGUAAAAUCAUUUUCAUUCCCUACCCUUUACUCAGUGGGGUGUUCAAUUCAUAGAAAAUUUCAGUUUUCAAUAUCAGAAAAACAGAAGAUUAUUCAAGAAAUGUAAGUAUGAGUUGAUUAAACAAUACUAUAGAAUAAACGUUUGUAUAUUAUGAUAAUUAUCAAUAAACAUUAUACAUUACAA